AUGGUUUUAAGAAAUCUGAAAAUGGAACGUGGAUAUGUCUAUGUCAUACAAAUACUGUUAGUUGCUGGUAUUGCUUUAGGUUCACAGAGCAUACAUUUGAAUGACAAGCAAAAAUGGGCGCUGAGUAUUGCUCGCUACAUCAUGUACAUACUAACGAUGCAUGCUACGGAACUGGUCAGUGUAGUAAUACACGAAGUAAUACAAAAGAAACGAGAUUUUAACACUCAGCUCUUCACCAAAGUCAGUAUGAACCAACUUUUGAUGUACGUGGCUUCUGUGACAGUUCUAUUCUACAACGAAGAGAAGCUGUACUCUGAGGAUUUCCUUUUGAUAUGCAUCGCGUACUUAAUUAUCAAGUACCCGAUGUUAAUAACUUUAGGUAAAGCUACACUAUCUAUCGGAGUCGGUUUGGCAGCCAGCUACGUCGAAGGAUAUCUGAUGUAUAUCAUCCCACCAGCUGAGGAUGGAAUGGAAAGCUUUGAAGAUAAAAUGCGAAAAUAUGAGUCCGUUCAUAACGUUGUAGUGCCAGUUAAAAAACUAUUCAUCAUUAUCACCAAGUCCAUGUAUUCUCCGGCAGAUUUGAAUGAGUUUAAUAAGAAGAGUCAGAGAGAAGAUGUCAGCAGGCUGGAACCUUGUUCGUCUUUCGACGAAGUGGUGAAGGACGUUGCCGGGGUGAAGAAUCGUAUCUACAAGAGCGCCGUGUACAAGAUCUCGCGCUUGUCCGCGCCGCCCGUGCGCGUGGCGGCGGAGUGCGCCACUCCCCUCUACACGCUCUACAAAGCUAUUCAAAACAAACACGUGUAUAACGAUAUAAUCGACGUGAGUGCUGAGGAUGUCGUGUUUGAUUUCAUGUCAACAUUGCGCAUGAUAUUGGCCAAAAAUCCACAACUUAAGGACAAGUGUGAAAUAGUCUUCUUCGAUGAUACCAACGAGAGUUUGAAUCUAGCUGACGUUUUACUAGACAGAAUUAAAGAACUGGAGCCUAAUUUUGAACAAUUAAUCAACAGCAAAAACUAA